AUGCAAAGGCCUCUCCUAAAUCAGGCUGCAUCCUGGAAUCCUAGAGCACCAGGCCCCGCCAUGGGGAAGACCAACAGCAAGCUGGCCCCCGAGGUGCUGGAGGACCUGGCUCAGAACACGGAGUUCAGCGAGCAGGAGCUGAAGCAGUGGUACAAGGGCUUCCUGAAGGACUGCCCCAGCGGCAUCCUCAACCUGGAGGAGUUCCAGCAGCUCUACAUCAAGUUCUUCCCCUACGGCGACGCCUCCAAGUUCGCGCAGCACGCUUUCCGCACCUUCGACAAGAACGGCGACGGCACCAUCGACUUCCGGGAGUUCAUCUGCGCCCUUUCGGUCACCUCCCGCGGCAGCUUCGAGCAGAAACUCAACUGGGCCUUUGAGAUGUACGACCUGGACGGCGACGGGCGCAUCACGCGUCUGGAGAUGCUGGAGAUCAUCGAGGCUAUCUACAAGAUGGUGGGCACUGUGAUCAUGAUGCGCAUGAACCAGGAUGGGCUCACACCCCAGCAGCGUGUGGACAAGAUCUUCAAGAAGAUGGACCAGGAUAAGGAUGACCAAAUUACACUGGAGGAGUUCAAGGAGGCAGCCAAGAGUGACCCAUCCAUUGUGUUGUUGCUGCAGUGUGACAUGCAGAAGUAG